AUGCUCAAAAAAAAACACCUAAAGAUUGGCUGUAAAAGCUGUUUGAAGGUGCUUCGUCGAACAGUGAUGGGUGAGCAGCGUAGGCUUAUACUCUCUGCAAAUGAUGUUCUGGAAACUAUUUGGUUGUUGUCAGAGAAGAGUCGAGAUGGUGAUGGCGCCGAGUUUGUCAAUCUCACCGAACAGAUGUUGAAUCACACAAACCGUGGUCCUGGCUUCUUCCGCCUGUUAAUCAGAGAAGUUGAAACUCACAUCUGUCAUCAGCAUUACUACACGGCAGUGGCAUUGUUGGAAGAUACAAAUAAGAUAUCUGAUUGCUUGAAAAAUCAACAAAAAUCUUGUGAGUUUGGUCUUCAUCAAGUAAUUGAUUCAGUUAAGCACAUAUAUCAUUAAAG